AGGCCUGAGGAGGGGAGAAGACCCCGGAAGUCAUGGCCGCCUACUGGGCCUCCACCCCCGACGGAGCCCCGCCUGAGGGGAGACACCUGCGGACUGAGGGCUGACCAGCUGGGACCGGGCGCGUCAGUGGACAGAGGAUGGAGAGGGAGGGCCGGCCCAUCCAUUUGCAUAUAUAAGCAGCGACGUUCGCCACCGCCCGCUCCAAUGCGGCCUGGGACACCUGAGGAGGCUUGGCGCCAGCUCCUAGGAUACAAUUGCCCCGCCGAAUGUAGGCACCUUGCAGUUCUCGCCCAUCCCGAGCAUGAGCGGCCCAGAGGAGCCCGGCCCGGAGCCGGAGCCCCUGUGCGUCAUCUGCGGCCAGAGCCACCCCCCCGAGGAGAACCACUUCUACAGCUACACGGAGGAGGUGGACGACGACCUCAUCUGCCACGUGUGCCUGCAGGCUCUGCUGGACCCCCUGGACACUCCCUGCGGCCACACCUACUGCGCCCUCUGCCUCACCAACUUCCUGCUGGAGAGAGACUUCUGCCCCGUGGACCGCAAGCCGCUGGUGCUGCAGAGCUGCAGGAGGGCCAGCGUCCUGGUGCACAAGCUCCUGGACAAGCUGCCGGUCACCUGCCCGUUCACGGAGCACUGCUCCCAGGUGCUGCAGCGCUGCCAGCUGCAGCGUCACUUCCAGACUAGCUGUAAAGGAGCUUCUCACUACGGCCUCACCAAAGACCGCAAGAGGCGUUCUCAAGACAGUUCCCAAGAUGACGGCUGCCAAGACGGCGGAGGGGCCGCCCGGCCCGGAGGCCCCCUCGGUCCGGACACGGCCGGCCGGCCGACGGGCGAGCCGGGCCUCGACAACCCUGCCUACGUCCCUGCCCCGGACGACGGCCCCGCGGCCGGCGGCGCGCCGGGACCCGACCGCGGCGACCGCAGCCGCAGUUUCCAUUUCGAGCGGUCCGCCUUCAGGAGCCGCUCCUUUAAGAGGAUUCACCGUGCGCUGAGCAUCCUCCGGCGGACCAAGAGCGGGAGCGCGGUGGCCAGUCCAACCCGCCCUGAAAACCCCCGGGCCCCCGAGGAAGCGUUCCCGCGUCUGCACCACCUGAUCCCGGCCGGCGAGAUCACCAGCAUCAAGAUCAGCCGCGCCCACCCGGGCGAAAGCCUGGCCAUCCGCGUGGUGGGCGGCCGCGAGACGCCGCUGGCCCACAUCAUCGUCCAGCACAUCUACCGCCACGGGGUGGUGGCCCGCGACGGCCGGCUGUUGCCCGGAGACAUGAUCCUCAAGGUGGACGGAUUGGACAUCGGCCACGUGCCCCACCACUACGCCCUGGCGCUCCUGCGCCGGCCGGGCCACGCCCUGCGGCUGACGGUGCUCAGGGAGCGGCGGCUCCGGCCGAGCGGCGGGCCGGCCCCCGACGCCCCCGGCCCCCCCCGCGGCAGCUUCCACCUGGCCCUGGACAGGCACGGGCCGGGCGAGCGGCUGGGCGUCAAGCUGGCCAGCGGGCCGGACGGGACCGGCGUGUACGUGGCCGGCCUGCUGGAGGGGGGCCUGGCCGCCCGGGACGGACAGCUGCGGGAGAAUGACCGGCUCCUCGCCGUCAACGGGCGGGACCUGCGGCACGGCGGCGCCGAGGCGGCCGCGCAGCUCAUCCAGGCCAGCGAGAAGCAAGUCCACUUGGUGGUGUCCCGGCAGGCGUGGGGGCCAGCCCCCCUGCAGGAGGCCCACUGGACCCCCGUGGGACGACUCCCGCCGCCCCCCGCCGCUCCCGAGGACGCCGCCCCGCGGGGGGCCAGCUGCCACGAGAAGGUAGUGAGCGUCCACAAGGAGCCGGACGAGCCUCUGGGCAUGACGGUGGCCGGCGGGGCCGGGGGGCCGCCGCCGCCCGAGUGGGACCUGCCGCUCUACGUGCUCAGCGUGGAGCCCGGGGGCCUCGUGGCCCGAGACGGCCGGAUCAAGACCGGAGACGUCCUGCUGAGCGUCAACGGCACCGACCUGACCGGGGUGAGCCGCGGGGAGGCCGUGGCCCUCCUGAAGAGCACCGCCUCGUUGGUGGUGCUCCGGGUCCUGGAGGUGAGAGGACACGAGCCCCCGGAGGCCGGGGGCGACGGCCGGACGCCCUCCGACGACCCCCCGAGCCCGGCGGACAACGGCGAGCGGGGCCCGACCUGGGUCAUGUGGCUGGAGCUGCCCUGGUAUCUGUCCAGCUGCAGAGACGUGAGCCUGCGCAGGACCCCGCCCGCCAGCCUGGGCUUCAGCCUCGUCGGCGGCGACGACGAGGAGCUCGGCGGGAACAAGCCGUUUUUUAUCAAGUCCCUCGUGGAGGGGACCCCCGCCUACAACGACGGAAGAAUCCGAUGUGGGGACAUUCUGCUGGCUGUGAACGGCCAGCCCACGGCGGGCCUGACUCACGCCCGCCUGACCCGGAUGCUGAAAGGCCUGAAGGGAAGGGUCACGCUCACGCUGGUCUCGUGGCCGGGCACCUUCCUCUAAAGCACCGGCACCGCUGCUCGGUGGCUCACUUCGGAUUCCUUCCCGCUGCCCGAAGACCGCGCACGGGGGGGGAAAGGUAGGGUUCGGAGAGCCGCCCCCGGGCCGAAACCCACCGGCGCCGUUGCACCGCGGUGACUGAGAGAUCGGCACGGAAGGCUUGGAGCCCUGAGGCGGCUCCUCGGGAGAAAGCAGUUGUGAAAAACGUCUAAACGGCCCCUCUCAAGGAUGUGACGCUGUGGAGGAAGUGGAUCUGUUGUGUGUACUUCAAAAUAAA